CCCAGAUGACCAGUAUGGUUCGUGCAACUCACGACGAUCAGAUUGGCCCCGGAUCGGAUCGCGGCGGUGCCAGUGAGAAAUCGGCAACGAACCCAGCAAAAUGUGCUUGAAGCUCGAUCCCACGUAAUGAGAACUCGAAUUGUGCACGGGCACAUUUGAUUGCCAUGGCAGCGCUCGUUCGUCUUAAACGUGGGAGCGUCCAGUUGAGACAUGCGGCGCUGGAAAUGAAAGCUGCCGUGCGAGCGCGACACAUAGUAGCUGCGCUCGUUGCAGUAGGAUUUGCACUCUGUGGCGCAGUUGAAGUCAGCUCAUCGGUUGCAUUGCUCGCGAAUCAGAAAGACAAUCAUGCCAUCAUCGACACAUCGUGGCACUGCGACAUGCUGGUCAACAUCAGUAGUCGCAAUCGAACAGAGGACUUCGAAGUCAUACUUUUGGAGUUACCACCGGAAGAGCGUACAGAAUCCAUAAUGAGGGAAGCUUUUUUAUGGGGACAAGUGGCUGGGCCAAUCUUAGGCGGAUGUUUAGUAUGGGGAAGAUCAGGUCCAUCCAUGGUGUUCUCACGUGCGGUUCUUAGCGCUUGUUUGGCUUCUCUAUUGGUCCCAGCCGCGUGGAGAGGUCCGUCCCACGUAGCUCUUCGCCUCUUUCAGGGUCUAUGUACAGGCGCGACCAUGCCCGCUGCACACAUGUUCGCUAUGACCUGGUUUAAGAGCAAUCAUAGAAGCUGGUACUUCAGUUGUUACGCUGCCGUCAGCGUUGGAUACUGCCUCACAGGGUGGUUAGGUACAGCCGUCGUUCGAAGCUUCGGCCGGGAUUCUCUUUGCUAUGGUCUCGUUAUAAUUGCGCUGUGUUGGUAUUUCGCAUUUGGCCGGUUCGUCAAGGACACUCCUAAAUCCUAUCAGCACGAUACAAACGCAGCUGUGAUUCCAUGGGGAAAAUUGCUUCGUUCGGUUCCUGUUUGGGCAUCAGCCGUGGCAACCAUGGGCAACCAAUGGGGCGAUGCGACCCUUGCAUUAGGCAUGACGAAGUAUCUAAAACUCAUCUACGGAUUCUCCACAGCUAAUGAUUCCGUUUUAACGACGUUACCUCACAUUGGUCAUUUCAUGGCUGCGUUAACGUGCGGCCUCCUCGUGGAUCACGUUCGCGAAUCUAAAAUAGUUUCAACGACCACAGCGAGAAAGUUGGUCGUUUACACAGCUCAUUUUAUUCCCGCGGCCCUACUGUUCGUCGCUGGCUACGCUGGUUGCCAAGCAUUAGGCGCAGCAUGGUUAGGUAUAGCCGCUCUCCUGGUCUCCGGAACUGCACCAGCAGGUGCAUUAGCAGCGAUAGCGGAUCUUGCACCUGUAGAGUCUCCAGCCUGCGCUGCAGCAGCGUGUGCUUUGUGCUCUACUCUAGGAGCAGCGGGCUUGUUGGCUGCCAAUUACUUUGUUACUCAAGCUCUUCACGGCUCUAUUGCAGGUUCGUGGCGAUUAGUUUUUGGUGUGGCGUCCGUAGUUUUGUUAACGACUGCAGCAGUGUUUUUGGCGCUCGGCAAAGGCACACCACAACCGUGGAUUCCCUCCGUUGCUCGACCACGAAGUCACGACGCAAUUUACGAACAGGACGCCCUGGAACUCGAUUACGAGGACGUGGGUGUACAAACGGAGCCUUUCAGUCCCUAUCCGCUGGAAGACGAUGUCGAGAGUGUGAAAAAUGUCCCUCGUUCUGCCUCGGUUCACUCGAAAGUUUCGCUUGCGUCCAAUUAAACACGCCAUCGUCGCUUAGAAUUUUUAUAUUUGUAUAAAUAAUCGAUUAAAGUCGUACGAAUGUUGGAAAAUGCUCGUCGCAUUACUGACGACAGAUACCGAAGAUUGUAUAUAAAAUUGAUUAAUGAGAAGAUUGUAUAAGGUGGUUCACCGUCUACUUGAAUAUCGAUUCACUUUUAUUCAAGUGUGGUGAACGUAAUAAUUUAUGUAAAAACAAGUACAGUAGUAAGAAUAA